GCAGCAAGCAAAUUAUGGCCAACAGAAGCACAGGUACACGAGCAGGAGAAUGAGAUGAUUGGGUUUACGCAUUUCGGUGUCAACACGUACACUGGCCUCGAGAUUGGUACUGGAGACGAGAGUCCCAACAUUUUCCAGCCCGAUAAACUCAAUACCACCCAAUGGGCACAAACGUUCAAGAAGGCCGGGUUCAAGAGACUUAUAUUGACUACCAAGCACCAUGAUGGGUUUUGUUUAUGGCCAAGUCGGUAUACCGCACAUUCUGUCAAGUCAUCCAGCUGGAGAAAUGGUACUGGAAAUGUGGUCAAAGAAUUCGUCAACUCUGUUAGGGAAGCAGGACUUGAGGUUGGACUCUAUCUGUCACCAGCCGAUAUAUUCCAAAGCAAGCAUCCAGACCCUGUUCAGUAUCAAAACAAAUCAAUUUUUUACACAUUUACCCUUGAUGACUACAAUCGUUACUACAUGAAUCAACUUUACGAACUGUUGACUGAGUACGGAAAAAUCUCUGAAGUUUGGUUUGACGGUUUCAAUCCACUUGCUGGCGUAUCGGAGACCCUUCAACGCCAUGAUUGGGCGACUCUUUCCAGAGAACUCUGUCCUGACUGCACUCUGUUCUCCUUGAUUGACUCAAGAUGGGUUGGUACUGAGAAAGGAUUUGCGAGAGAAACAGAAUGGAACACAAUACCGCUACUGGGAACAGGCGAUCAGUCGCUGCAGUAUUAUCAAUUCGCUGGAAAUGAAUCCGAAGAUGCAUCCUUACCUGAUGGCACCUUGCUUCCACUUGGAUCCGACUACAACUUGACACAUGCCAAUCCGCAACAGCUGAGAUGGAUGCCUGCAGAGACGGAUGUAUCUAUCCGUCCAGGCUGGUUUAACCACCAAGAUGAAGUACCCAAAAAUGCAUCCACGCUAAACGAUAUAUACUACAAUUCGGUGGGGCGAAAUACAGUUUGGUUGCUUAAUAUUCCUCCAAACACUCUCGGACUGUUGAAUGAUACGGAUGUUGCGUCUGUAGAAGAAUUUGCCAGCAUCAGGGACGCAACUUUCAAAAAGAAUUUGGCGAGCAAAGCAAGCAUCACCUCCAUCUCACCAAAGGGUAAAAAACCUGCUUCCAAGACUCUGUUCGACACAGACAACUUGGAUACAUACUGGCAUCCGGAUUCACUGACAGGUAGCGUUGAAGCAAGUCUGGGUGGCAAAACAACGUUCAAUCGCGUGGUUCUCCAGGAAAACAUCAAGUUCGGUCAGCGAGUGGAGAAUUUCACUGUGUCGGCGAUGGCGAAUGGCAGAUGGACGAACAUUGUUAAUGGAACUACAAUUGGUUACAAGCGAAUUCUACGUAUCGACUCUGUCACUGCCAGCAGUAUACGUGUUACCAUUGGUGGGUCGAGAAAUGGAUUUUAUCUUGCAAGCAUAGGUCUUUAUUAUGGGAAUGAUCGUGCUAUGUAAUCCACGAUAGUCAUUAUAUUCUGUGUUAG